UCGUAAUUUGUCCAAACCAAUCACUAUCUGACACAUCAUCGGACCAACGGACAGCCAAUCACAUAAUGUGACGUCAGCAUUAGUCCUAGGACUCCCAACGGAAGUUCUAGGCUGAACAGUUAUGGUACCUACAAGGGCAUCACUUCCUACCGACAACGUCUGGCUCCAACAUGGCAGUCACUCAGGGUCAAGACUCAUAGUGGAACAAACUUUUUUCAGGAACAAGUUAAGGUCGUGUUCCUGCAUUUCCAAAGGUUAACGGGUUCGAGGCGCCGCUUGUUUACAUCAAAAAGACCCGGAUUUCAACGGUUUUUCUCUCAAAUACAUAAAAUUCCAAUGAAAAACUAAAUUUUUUUACUUUGAAAAUCGAGUAUUUCAACGUCCUUAGGGAUCUGAAUCUGACCUCCAUCCAGCAUCUAACAUUUUUCUACUCCCAUGUACGUCAAAGUUCUUUGUCUUCUGGUACUGGUUUUUACCUGAAUGCUUCUUCUACUUUAAAGUUUUCCCCUUCUGUUUAUUAAAAUCUGGAAUAACUGUUGAAUAAAAAUGGUCAAAUAAAUGUAGUUUUGCCACAUUUUGUGUUGGAUAGAAGCUACUUAAGUUAGAUAACUGUCAAAUAUUCCUGACAGUUGAGCCUGAGUGGUUGAAAACAGCCCAACCAAACAAGGAGAAAGACCACCCACACAGUUCCUCUGAUGCAAAAUUAGCAUUGUGCAUGAUUAUGCAUUAACAGCCGAAUGCUUUGACACGCGGUAGCCGGGCUCUCCGGUUGGGAGACGCGCUGGAGUGGCGGCUAAAGGGAUUAACGGCGGUGAGGGGGGGACCGUGGUACCUGUAGGGCUCUUCUGAGUGCAUCCCUCCUUCAUGAUGACUGUUGAUGAUUUUCCUUUUGGGCUCUGCUCUGCUGGGCUGAGUCCCGGCUCAGAAACAGACACUUCUGAGAGGAGAGGCUUAGAUUUCUGAUGACUGUUCAUCUUCAGUUGGUCCUAUCAGCAGCACAGAGAGGCUCGGCGCUCUUCGUGCCCUCCUCCUCUUCCUCCUCCUCCUCCUCUUCUGCCUGUCAUCGUUGUGACAUGCUGCUUGAACAGCCUUUGUCAGCUUUUGCAUGGCUCAUUUUGGCUCUUAACCGUGGCUGAGGAUGGAGACAUGAGAGCAGCAGCCUUUGUGGCGGCAGAGGAGACCAAGCCAACCCCCCCCUCUGGAGGACAGUUUCUCAACACAAGAUAUUUGCAGCUUCCUCCCCCCUAACAGUGUGAAGUUGCUGUGAAGGAGGACCGUCCUGCAGAUCUGGAGAUGUCUGAGCCCCAUCUGCACGGCUCCAACAGCACGGCCGGCGGAGCGUGGAGCCUCGCCGGCGGCGGCGGGCCGUGGCUGCUGGCCUUCAUGCUGACCGUCAUCAUCCUGGUGACCAUCUGUGGAAACCUGCUGCUCAUCGCGUUGGUGUUUGCCCACCGCUCUCUGCGCUGCACGUCCAACUGCUUCCUGGUGUCGUUGUUCUUCUCGGACCUGAUGGUGGCGUUGGUGGUCAUGCCGCCGGCCAUGCUGAACGUGCUGUGCGGCGCCUGGGUGCUGUGGCCCUCCUUUUGCCCCGUGUGGCUCUGCUUCGAUGUCAUGUGCUGCAGCGCGUCCAUCCUCAACCUGUGCGUGAUCAGCCUGGACCGGUACCUCUUCAUCAUCUCGCCGCUGCGCUACAAGCAGAGGAUGACGGCCCCCCGCGCUCUGCUGCUGGUGGGGGCCGCCUGGGGGCUGGCGGCGCUGGCCUCCUUCCUGCCCAUUGAGAUGAAGUGGCACAGUUUGGGCUCCGGGUCUAGACACGCACUGCUUCCUGAAGCAAGCAGCAACAGCAGCUCCUCCUCAGAGAAACUCUACUUUCAGCCGUCUGUGUCCGGGGGCGUGUCCUUCCAGUGCCGCCUGCAGGUCACGCUCCCCUUUGCCCUGGUCGCCUCUGCGCUGACCUUCUUCCUGCCCUCCAGCGCCAUUUGCUUCACCUACUGUCGGAUUCUCCUGGCAGCUCGAAGACAGGCGAAGAGGGUGGCAGCUCUGAGUCACCCUCCUCACCCCCACGCCUCCUUUGGAGGACACACCCGGCCUCCGUCACCCGCCGUUGUAGCUGUGCAGGCUCCCCAGGGUGGACACGGCGGCGGUCUGCAGGGGGGGGCUCCUGUGUCACAAAACCUACCGCCGUCGGCCAACAGCGAACGCCGCCUGGCUCACAGGCAGGGUCGAAGGGCGCUGAAGGCCAGCCUCACUCUGGGAGUCCUCCUGGGACUCUUCUUCAGUGCCUGGCUACCUUUUUUCAUCGCCAACAUGGCACAGGCGGUGUGUGACUGCGUCCCCCUCGCCCUCUUCGACGCCAUCACGUGGCUGGGGUACUGCAACAGCACCAUGAACCCCAUCAUCUACCCGCUCUUCAUGAGGGACUUCAAGCGGGCUCUGGGGAAGCUGCUGCCCUGCUGUUCGUCCCGGUCCCCCCGGAGACCCUCACCUGUGCUCUCCAUCUCUCUGCGCAACUCCGGCGAGCCCAACGUAGCCAGCGACCUGCCCUCUCCGCUGGCGUCUGACCACACCCCCCCCCCGGCCACGGCCACCGACGCCGUCAACCUGCUGGACGCUGAGCUUGCUGGGAUCCAGCUGCCCAAUCAGACGGACAAUCUGGAUUGACUGAGGACACAAAACCCAGAAAAAGCAGUUUGAGGGUCUUUUAGGUCACUGAGACUCAGUUUCAUAGCAAACAUUAGAUAUUCAAGAAAAACAAAACAAAAGGCUUCACUCAACGUUGAAUAAACUACAGUUUAGAAGGAAAAUUAUCAAAGAAAACAUUU